AUGCUUCAACGGGCGAGCCAGUUCGUCGCGGCUGAGGCUUGGGUGGCCGGAAAACAGGAAGAGCGCACGAGGGUCAAACUGGAGCCGGCUCGCGGGCAACAGCCUGCCGCGACUAGGCGUAGGCUGGAGCGAUCCGACCCGCCUGCUCUGAGGCCUCCUCUGCCCCCCCUAGGUACGUCCCGAAAGGAGAUAUUUCUCCAGAUAAAGGAGAGAGGUUUGCUCAGGGCUCCCGUUCCGAUGAAAAACCCACGAGAGCUCACUGACCAAUCCAAGCACUGUCGCUUUCACAGACAAAGCGGGCACGACACCGAAGACUGCCACGAACUAAAAUGGCAGAUCGAGGAACUGGUCCGCGGGGGUCACCUCAGUCGGUACGUCUGGCGUAACAGGGAGCCCUCCCCUCGCCUGGAGGGCCCCGUGGAGCGCCACAUCGAUGUCAUCACCGGAGGACCGGCGGCAGGGGGAACCAGUAUGUCUGGGAGAAAAGCGUAUGCCCGUUCCGCCAGGAUUGAUGCUCCCCAGUGUGGUCCCGACCCCAAGGUCGCGUUCCCUCCCGAGGACGUCAGGCCACCGGAGCAUGACGACGCGCUUGUCAUAAUGGCUCGAAUCGCUAACGCCUAG